AUGGCACAGCAGCAACAGGUCAUCUUGGAAGCGGUCAAAGUCUUGAUCGAGAGUGGACAUGUUACUGCCCAUCAUGUUCCUGGCCAAGAUUUCAGCUUGCAUCUACAGUUCUCGAAACUCGACUCUGAACUGGUUUCUAGUUUGAGAAGCCUCUACGACCAGUCCCAUGACACGGCUUCUUCCCAAGCAGACGACCGGUCCCAUAGCAACAAGAUUAAAGACAGCAACGAUGAAUUCCGUGUCGACAAUGUGGAGCGCGAUACAACUGGUUUCAUAGAUCCGUGGAACACCAAGACAGGGAAUGAACCAUGGUGGCCAUACAUCGAGAAAGCUACGACGGACCCGUCGAUGUUGAACAAGCAUCCGAACCUGACAGAUGUUGACCUUCUCAAGAUAUACUACAGCACCUCUUCGGCACGAGAGCGUGCAAAAGACUCCUCGGGUGUUUUCACAACCAAAGGCAACUUCAAGGGAAGAGGACAGUACGACUACUUGCGGGAGUUCGUACAAAAGCAUCCAGCCUUGAACAAGUCGGCAGAUGGCGACUUCAAGGCCAACAAGAGACACCGUGUUCAUUGCACAUGGAACCUGAUCAACAAGAUCCCAGUAUACACAGGUUUUGUCAAGAUAUCACCCCAACCGGAUCGGAUUGUUGUUGGCUUCACUCGUGCAAGCAGCUUCCCACCCACCUACGGUGGCAACGGAAUGUAUAUUAGAGGAGCGGAAGCAGUCAAAGCCUGGGUCAAUCUCAACAAGAUACAAGAAUGCGUUCUUGUUUCACUUCCUAGGCAGCAGACUUCAAGCAGGUUGGCAUUCUAUAUCACGAUCGAAGAUCAGGUCAUCCUCAAUCCUGACACGAAUCUGUCGGAGCUUCAGGCCAUUCUAGACGCAGCACAACAAGGUCAAUCUGUCGACCUUCUCUCAGUCGGUUUUGAUGCUUUGACCACCCACCUACCUUCCCUGGAUGCCUUGGCCGAGCGAUACAGACACCUCAACAUUAAUCUAGUCUUUGCUGUUCCGGAGUGGUUCCCCAGACUCGACCUGUUUCCACGGCUAUCAAACGGUGUGCGUUACGGACAGGUUCUCCUGGCAGAGCUCUCUGCGUACAGAAAAGGUAUCUCGUCCAGCGAUAUCGCGACAUGUGUGGAGGAGUUCUUCGAAGCAGUGAACCUUAGGAAGGAACAUGUUGCAUUUGCUACAAACCUCCAGGAGCUGACAAGGGGACGUGCCAAUUUCCGAGUCAGCCCUGAUACAGCAACAGAUUCUGGUAUACGCGCUGCAGAGGAAAACAAGGAGAAGGGUUGGUCCGCACCAGGCUUGCCAAGAGCCAACAGAAGAAAGCACAGGAAGCAACCUGAUCUCAAGAAACGGCGUAUAUCAGAACUGGAAGACAAUGACGAAGAGAACUACCAUGAUCAAGAGAAUGUGUAG